CCAGAAACAUGGAUCGCAUCUUGCAAGUCUUCCAGAAAGAACUCAUCUGCUCCAUCUGCAGGAACUACUUCAUAGACCCCAUCACCAUUAACUGUGGGCAUAGCUUUUGCAGGCCCUGUUUCAACCUCAACUGGCCAAACAGGUCAGUUCUUGCUUACUGCUCUGAAUGCAGGAAAGCAAUUCAGAAAAGAGAGUUUCAUACAAAUGUCACUCUCAAGGAAAUGGUUCUCAUUGUCAGACAAGCCAGCCUGUGGCAAUUCCUGCGCUCUAGGAACAAUAGGUGUAGGAUACACAUGGAGGCAAGGCAGAUCUUCUGUGAGGACCAGAGGAGCCUGUUCUGUUUGCACUGCUCUACCUCCCAGCAGCAUGGGGCUCACAGACAUGGCUCAGUAGAAGAGGCGGCUGAGCAACUCAGGGAGAAACUCCUCAAGACAAUGUGUUCUUUAUGGGAAAAAUAUUAUGAAAAUGACAGAAAUCUGAAAGUAGAAACUAUCACAUACAGAACUUGGGAGGAGCUGCCCCCUGGUGUGGAGUAUGCUCCUACAGUCAUUCUCCUGCCCCCUGGUGUGGAGUAUGCUCCUACAGUCAUUCUCCUGCCCCCUGGUGUGGAGUAUGCUCCCACAGCCAUCAUCCUGUGGCCUACCAACCUCCUGUGGUUCAUCCUGCUGGCUGGCCGGCUGGCCUACCUGAUCAGGGAGAAGGUUUAUGUGACCUCAAAGGGUGAAGCAAUAAGAGCUGAAUAUGAUCAGUUGCCUCCAUUUCUCUAUCUGAAUGAGCAUCAUCAUUUAGAGAGACUGCAAAGAGAAGGCAAGGAGAUUUUUGACCAACUCAGGGACAGUGUAGCCAGGAUGGCAAACAAGAGGGAGCUUUUAAGAGUAAUGUAUACAGAGCUGAAGGAAAUGUGCCAUAAACCUGAUGUAGAGCUGCUCCUGGAUUUUGGAGACAUAUUGAACAGGAGUGAGGCAGUGUGUGUGUACAUGCCCCAGCCUGUGAAAGCAGAGCUCACUGCAGUGACCAUCCCAGGGAUGAUGACAAGGUUCAACUUGUUCAAAGUGGAUACCUCUAUGAUUUUUGGAAGACCUCACAGUCAUGUCUUCCUACAGGGAGAUUUGAUUAGCCUGAGUGUUGGAUGUAUGAUUCAAGGUGAACCAUGUCCCUUUCCACAAUAUGAGUGUUUUAUGUACUGGAAUACUCAGACUUUUACUACUGGGAGACAUUACUGGGAGAUAUAUGUGGGAGACAUUUGGAAUUGGGCUUUAGGAGUCACUUGUGAUGAUUGGAUAUUGAUGAAUAAAAAUCUCCAUAAGGCAUACUAUCUUCUUGGCUGUGUUAAAACCAACAUUCACCACAAUGUCUUCACCACCAACCCACUUGUACUGCAGUAUGUGCCCAAAACUAUUGGCCUAGUAGGGGUAUUCCUGGAUUAUGAAGGUGGAAGUGUGACCUUUGUAAAUGUAGCACAAAAUUCCCUUAUAUGUAGAAUUUCCUAUUGCUCUUUUUCUCUCCGUCUCAGGCCUUACUUUUGCUGUAGUCACUUCUGA